CUUGAAUUCCGUUCAAAGCAGGCUGGUUUUAUAGAUACUAGCUUCGAUACCAUAAGUGGUUCCGGUGCAAAUGGUGCUAUCAUACACUACAAACCAGAAACAGACAAUUGUAGUGUUGUGGACUUGAAUAAACUUUUCCUAUUAGACAGUGGAGCUCAAUAUGAGGAUGGAACAACUGACAUAACUAGGACAGUGCACUUUGGGGAACCUACUGCUCGGCAGAAAGAAUGCUUCACCCGAGUUUUACAGGGUCAUAUAGCUCUUGAUCAGGCAAUAUUCCCUGAAAGUACUCCUGGUUUUGUAUUGGAUCCUUUUGCCCGUUCUUUCCUUUGGAAGAUUGGACUUGAUUACCGACAUGGAACUGGACAUGGUGUGGGAGCUGCACUGAAUGUUCAUGAGGGUCCCCAAAGUAUUAGCUAUAGAUAUGGAAAUAUGACUCCCUUAAUGGAAGGCAUGAUUGUCAGCAACGAACCUGGCUAUUAUGAAGACCAUGCCUUUGGCAUUCGCAUUGAGAAUCUUCUUUACAUUAAAGAGGUCGACACACCCAAUCGUUUUGGAGGAACUGCAUAUCUGGGAUUUGAAAAACUCACAUUUGUCCCCAUACAGACGAAAUUGGUUGAUUUAUCAUUGCUUUCCGUUGCGGAGAUUGAUUGGCUUAAUGAUUACCAUUCUCAAGUCUGGGAGAAGGUUUCACCAUUGCUGGAUGGUUCCGCUGGACAAUGGCUUUGGAACAACACACGGCCACUCUGAUUUUCCUUCUGCA